GAAACGAAAAUGGAAGCGGCGGGGAGCGAGGGACCCUCGGGGGGCGGCGCGGCCGACCCCGAGCACCGGGAGGCUUCGAUGCCGCUGAGCCUCGCCCGGGCCGCGGAGGCCCGGGCGGCCUCCCGCCUCCGCCGGGACAUCCGCAAAUGCCAGGAGGCCUGCCGGGUCCUGGAGGCGGCCAGCGCGGCCACGCGGAGGGCGAAGGCGGCGGCGGAGGAGCGGGUCGCCGGGCUGCGGGCGGCCCUCCGGAGCGGGACCGGCCCCCGGGGCCCCGGGCCCCUGCCGCGGCUGGCGCUGGUGCUGCCGGCCCGACCGGCCCCCGGGCCCGGCCCGCCCCACCUGCGCCUCCGGCUGCCCCUGCGCGGGGGCUCGGCCCUCGUCACCUUCGAGGACGCGGAGGUGGCGCGGGCAGCUGGUGCGGCAGCCCCAACACGAGGUCCAGGUGGAGGACUGUCGUCUGCGUCUCGGAGCUCGGGCCCUGCACCUGCCCGCCCCGCUCGCCUUCCAGCUGUCCGGACGGCCGUGCGGCCGCAGGGCGCUGGUCAGCGGAAUGCCCCCGGGGCUGGGACUGAGCGCGGACCAGUUGCUGGACAAGCUGGAACUUUUCUUCUGCAAAGCGUCACGCGGCGGCGGGGAAGUGACGGCCCGGGAGCUGCUGCUCGGGGGCCGGGCCGCCGUGCUGGACUUCGCGGAGGACGGAGUGGUGGACCGUCUGUAUCGCGUGGGCUGGUUCCAAGUGCCCCUGGGCAAGAGGACGGUGACCCUGGCGGUGACCCCGCACGUGAGCGGGGAGGUCAGCAACCUGGAGCUGGGCCAUCUGCAGGCGCCUCGGACGGUCCUGCUGAGCGGCGUGGCCGACGUGAUGGAAGAGUCCACCCUACGCGAUGUCCUGGAGCUCCAUUUCCAGAGACCCUCGUGCGGAGGCGGCGAGGUGGAGGCCCUGGUGUACGUGGCCCCGGGCCGCCAGGGCUACGCCCUCUUCACCCCUGAAAUCCACUAGGCGGCUGGUGGGGGGUGGUAGGGUCCCACCUCCCCCGGCCUCGUUUCUGUCUCUGGUAUUUGCCUAUCGCGUCGUCUCUUCCGAUAAACCUGAAGCCAAAA